AUGACCACCAAGGACGCGCUGUCGGAUGAAACCAUGAUGAAAUUGGACUGGAACUACCUGGGCGUCUUGACAUACAGCAUGGCAUACGACUUUCUGGUGCGGGGUUGCCAUGUGUUGGGCAAAGGCGAGAAGAUGAGCAAAGAGAUCUUCUCAUCAGAUUUUGCGAUGCAGCGGCUUGUUUGCAUGGCCACUUGGGAUUUGGACCGCAUGAUGGACAAGAAGGUGGAUGAGCCUCUGACUGGAGCUGCCGACGCGGCCUUCAAGCACUAUUGCUCCUGCUAUCCUGGGGGGAAGCCCACGUACAACCUGAAGCUGGCAAAGCAGGAUGAGAAGCUCUUCAAGAAGGGCGGGUUUGAGAUGACGGCUGGCCCAUACUCGCACUCCGUGUGCCAAGUCUGCUACAACCACAGCCGAUAUCUUGAACUUUGGGGCUCGGCAGAAUGCACCAACCACAUCCCCUUCCAGCUCUCUGAGAAGCUGCUGAAGAGGCACCACCCGGACAUGGACAUGAAGCCGUGCAUCCUCCCGUGGCUGUGCGAGCCAGGGAAGAUGCGUGGCAAGGGCUUCUUGGCAAUUUGA